AAGGCCUUAUGUCAAGUCGGUUCGGUAUUGAGAGAACCGACGACGUAUGCCAAUAUGAAGAAACUUUUUUCAAAAAUCGAAAACACGUCGAAGGAACCAAAUAGUUAUUUAGGAAAAGUUUUCGUGGUGGGACGUUAUACAGUGACUGUCGAGGAUGUUUUGGCGGAAGGAGGAUUUGCUAUUGUGUUCCUGGUUAAAUCUUCAAGUGGGCGUUAUGCACUCAAGCGCAUGUAUGUUAACAAUGAACAUGACCUCAAUGUUUGUAAGAGAGAGAUACAAAUUGCUAGUAACUUGAAUGGUCAUAAAAACAUCAUAGGAUAUGUGGAUACUAGUAUAACUCAUAUAGGUGGAGGUGUACAUGAAUUGUUGCUUUUAAUGCCUUAUUGCAAGUCUCAAGUUCUUCAGAUAAUGAAUAAUAGAUUACAGACUGGUUUUAGCGAAUCGGAAGUCUUACAAAUAUUCUGUGACGUUUGCGAAGCUGUAUCUAGACUGCAUCAUUGUCAAACCCCUAUAAUACAUAGGGAUUUGAAGGUGGAAAAUAUAUUAUAUUCCGAUGCUGGUCAUUAUGUUUUGUGCGACUUUGGUUCUGCAACAGCCAAAGUUCUUAAUCCCAGUGUACAGGGUGCUGCAGUGGUUGAGGAAGAAAUUAAGAAGUAUACGACCCUUAGUUAUAGAGCACCUGAAAUGGUUGAUAUGUAUUGUGGAAAAUCUAUUACAACAAAAGCUGAUAUAUGGGCGUUAGGAUGUUUAUUAUAUAAACUGUGUUUCUUCACAUUGCCGUUUGGAGAAAGCAUGCUCGCUAUUCAGUCAGGAAAUUUCACAGUACCCGAUAACUCUAGAUAUAGUAGAAGCCUUCAUUGUCUGAUUCGUUAUAUGCUUGAGCCGGAUCCUGAUAGCCGCCCUGACAUUUACCAAGUUUCUGUGAUUGCUUUCCAAAUUCAGGGCAAGGAAUGCCCUGUACAGAAUUUACACAAAGUUCCAAGCCCAGUUUUGGAAUCAUUACCCUGCCCACCAAUGGAAUCUGAAAACGUGAAAAGAUCGUCGUUGGUGAAAACACCAAAACCGUCACCUGUAACUGCUACCGUCGAAGGUACAUCGGUUACCCCGCGACAACGGCCAAAGGGGCAAGCCGUGAGCACAGGUCCCAUAAGUUUAAGCGGCCAAAUAGUGAGUCAGAUCUCUGGCCAAGGUAACCAAGGGCAAUCGCAAAAUUCUGUCGGAGCUACGACUCCGUACGUACAGAUCGGUCAGCCGAUUGCCACUUUGAACGCCGGCCAGACAUACAUAGGUCAAACCGGGCAACAGAACGUUGUUCAGUCGAUUCCAGUGAACGCGCAAACGGCUGCUCACCAUCAAUUGGUGACACCGCAGCAACCGUCAUUUCCGCAAGCUUCGCAGGCUUGCCCGUCCGCUCAAAAUGUAUCUUUCGGCCAGUCACAGGGCCAACAGUCGCAGUACAAUCAUACGCAAAGUCCUAUGAUCAGACAGUCUCCCGUGACUGUCCCCGAGAAAGCUGCGUAUUAUUUCGAUUCCAAAACUGUGACCGCAAACGUGGGCCAGGAGAAUUUGGAGGCGCUAUUCCCGCCAUCUGGGUAUCCUGAUCCGUUCAAAGACGAUACUCGAACCAUGCCACCGCCUACGAAAAUACCGCCUCCUGUGGCUCCGAAACCCACCAAAUCACUCCCAAAAGCGUCUAAUAUUUCCAGCAGCAGCUGCCCUACUUCCAAAUUCGCGCAGGUCACCACGUUAGCAACGAAAAUGAGCAUUCCAAUAGGGCCUAACAGGGUGACCUCCAUGGCACCGCCCACGUUACCGAAACCAGUGAACAAGACCGAGAGCUUGAGUCAGAAUAUCAGUUCGAGCACUUCUCCGCCCGAUAGUCCAACGACACUGUCUUCCGUGCGUCACAGGAGAAACGUUAGCGAUACAAGUGCUUUCAACAAAGCGUUUGCAAGUGAGACGACACAGUUUCUGGCACCGUUCACCGACGCCUCGGUGAAGUCACGCACGGAGGACGCCACCUCUCCUGAGGUUAUAACCGAUAUAAGGCCUUGUUUGGGGACUAGCGCCUCGCAUGUACGUAUUGGUGAACUUUCGAGCAUAAUAACCAAGGAAGGAAGAUCGUUAAGCGCGGAUGUCGCAGCCUGGAACCCAUUCGAGGACGUACAACCGUUCGAUCAGUUAACGGAAGAUCAUAUAUUCGGCGCGGAAUUCGAUAAGAUCCGACGAGGCAGUAACACAAGUAUUAGCGGCGUAAAGAGCCGCGAGAGUCUCGUAAUGACGUGCACAGAAUUACCAGAAGACCCAUUCGAAUCCGCACCUUUCAAUUUGCCAAGAGGGAAGAAGAAUAAGAUUGGAUCAAAAACGGCGGCGCUCGCUGGAGGCGUGUCUACGAACGAAAGAUCGAGAAUACCGUUGAAUCAAUGGAACACGGGGAUCGAGUCGGUCGAGGUCGACGACGAGAAAACGACUCUGUUGUACGAGAACAACCCCGUUUCGCCGCAGUUCGUUCAGGUCCCAAUGGAGGAUCGGUCCAAAUACGAGAAGUUAACGUUCAACGUCGGCGAUCUGUCCAGCGACAGCGAUAAGGAUGUCACGGAGACACGUGUCAAGCAGAAACGAAAACGUGCUAAGAACACGUUACGAAGAAAAAUGAAAAUGGCGCAGGACACUAAUAAUCCAACGGUCGGUUCUGUUAGCGCGUUGAGAAUCCCCGAUAGCAACGAAUGCGAGGAUAACGAUGGUAACGUGAAUCCCACUGACGUUUAUAAAAGUAUGACAGACAGAAUUGAAAAUGAGAUCGACGAUGACAUCGAUGACGACGACGUCGACGACGAGGACGAAGAUGAAGUAGGGGUGGAAGAUGAGGGCGUGGAAGAAGAAACGAAUAAGGAGAAGGAAAUGGAGAAGAACAACGGAAACGACUGUGACAAAGUCUACGACAAGAGAAAACACAUGAAAUUUAAUGAAAAUAUCACAGAAAAUUGUCGAACUCAUCGUGAAUCCAUGGCUGCACUAGACCCAAGAGUCGAUAAUCGAUACGUAGAAAAGCCUCUGUUAUUGGACGACCAUGUUAUCACGAGAUCGAAACGAUCAUACGGCGAUCCAUUCGUCGAUCAAAGGUACGAUCCGAGACCCACGUUCGACGACGGUCGUAGUUCGUUGGACGAGAAGGAAAUCACAGAAUCCUCGCGAAAUCAAUUGAAAAGAUCGAAGCAGGAUGUAUUUUCGUUGGCGCCGUUUCGAAAUUCCGCGAACUCACGGAGCAUCGAGAUCGACGAAGAAUCGAUGUGGCCCGUGGAUAUCGAUCGGGAUGACUCGAGCGAUACGACGGAGGACGCGAGACCGUUCUUCGAGUACGAUUUAUCGCCGCGCAGGAGCAAAGAAAUUUACGACGACAUCAAUUUUUUGUCCGGUGAAAUGCAACGAUCGAUCACGUUUCAAGCGAUUCUCCCGCGUACCGAGGUUCAGCAAGAGGAAACGACCAUUCAACGUGAAAAGGAGAACGAAGAAAAGGAUCUGUUUGGCUCCUCGCCGUUCAGUCCGUGCGGUUUUGCGAAUCCUUUCGUAUGUCGAACGCUAUCGCAUCGCGUGACCGAUAAUCUAUCAACCACGGGAUUCGAUGCUCGAGGCUGCACGUUAUACGACAGUCGGGAGGACGACAAGUCGUUCGGUUCGAAUCAGUCACGAUCGCUGUCGAAUGUCCGUCCUUUAACACAAACCGUGUCCACCACGAGAACACUGAAUUCCUGCGCACGUUCGCAGGAUCUAUUCGGAUCUAUACCGUUCGACGAGUUCGCGCCACUCGGAUCGACUAACGUUCAACGACAACACAGGCCAAUCGCUUUAGAGAGAUCGUAUUCUCAGCCGCCAAUGACCAGUUGCCUGGAGCCCACACUGACAGCUGUACGAUCGAACAUGACCUCCGCGUCGUGUGUCGUUCGGCCGACAACGUUCGCCAAUCAGGAUUCGAUGUACGCGAUUCAAACGGGUCAACGUACAGCAAUCGUCGUUCAGAACAGCGUAUCGAAACCGGACGACACGUUAUCAGACACUGUCACGGCGUUGUCACCGGAACCGCUUGUGGCCACGGAAACGGCGUCCAGACAGAAGAAGGAUAAAUUUAAAUCGGAGGGAUCGAAGUAUCAUCUGAUCGAUGAGAAUCACGGUGAGCUUGUCAACGUUGUACCAUCGAGCUUGUUGUCGUACAAAGGGAAGUCCACGUGUAAUAAGAAAACCGCGAAAACGAAAAAAUGUUCGGUGGUUGUCACAGCUGGGUUCAGUAACAUGAGCUUUGAGGAUUUUCCGAGCGACGAAAACGAGGAGAGACAGAUCAAGACACCGCAGAAAAUCGCGCCGUUUGAGGUAGUCAGGGAACCGGAGAAACGUUACGGUUCGUUGAAGAGACGAAGCAAUCCGUUCACUUGAGACACGGGUACGUUAUCGACUGGGCAGCUUGCGCGGGAAAUAUCCAUCGAAUGGAUGGGUGCAUCGAGUAAGUGAUAGACAGAGACAUCACACACACACAACA